UGGUAAAUCACUGUAUUCCUAAAGUUAUUCCUAAUAAUAAUAAUGAUAAUUUCAAUUACUCUUUCCCUCGCAGCCGCCGACCACUCCACCCCCGUCUGCUCACUCUUCUUCUCCGGCGAGCAUCAGACAGCAUAUAAAUGUUGGCAUUUACUCACUGUUUCUCCUUCUCCGGCGGCUCUGUGAACCCAAGUCGACGACCAAGUUCCUCCGACAACCGACGCGAGUAGCCACCUACGUAGAUUGACGCCGAACUUCUUCUCCGGUGGUCCCAGUUACUCGCCAGAGGGUUUUUGACCCACAUAUCUGACUUCCAUCGUGGGCAAGAUUUCGAUUGGCUUCGCCGAGGCCUUUGCAACAUUGUUUCUUUCCUUAUCGACGAGCUUCGACAUUAAGUCGGAUUGGCCUCAAGUCAAUCCACCCAUAACGUUAAAGGUUAAAUUUUCAAGUUCGGAUGCUUUCGAGCACUAACCAGCAUGGUUAAAAUCCUUUUUGGUGAUCGUUCGGAGUGCUGUGAAGAGCAUUAUGGCACAAGACAUCAAGGGAUGGUUAUCUUAGGACUUGAUAGUUUGACAUAAAAAUUAUUUGUAGUAACUUGCUUCCGCUGAUUUGGGUUGUUACAUUGGUAGUUUCUCCUCCAGUUAUUGAAGCUGUUCAAAGUUUGCUCAUUGACACUAUGAGUCCUGUGAAGUUGACCCUUCGGUGUCCUUCUAAGAUAGGGCAAGUUAUAGUUGACCCAGAUCCUGAUUUUAGCUUUGAUGAUUUGCGACUGGAACUUCACUCCUUGGAGGAGAAGCUAAAUAAGUCCACGAUGCCUUUCAAGAAAACAUGUUCACGAGACUUCCCUGUCACAAAAACUUUGAAGAGAAGCUCCAAGCCUUUUAUUAUGGGCGUGUAUGAGGACGAACUAGAAGAAAUAUUUAGCGAUGAAGUGGUUUGUGACCCAAGUUCAAAUGCUAAUCGCUUCAAUUGUGAUGGAAUUUUUCUCAGUGAUAGUGAAGAUUCUGACAAUGAAUCAACUCUUGAAGCACAAGCCUAUCUGAAGGAGGACAUGGAUUUAGUGGAAAGUUCUUUGGCUAAGCUAACACAUGAUCAUAUGCUUAAUAUAAAGGAGGAAAUCAGGAACCAACUUGGAAGGUUGGAGACUGACCUUACUACUUUAAAUGAAAAGUCAAGUGCUGCAAUCUCUCAAAUUGAGAAAUACUAUGAGGCAAGACGAGAAGCGGACCGGAGAUUGGAUACCCAAUAUCAACGUGAGAUUGCUGAAGGCCUGGAUAAGUACUUGACAACUGUUCAACAUCAUCACGAACAAAUAUCACAAAGAGAAGAAAGAAAAAUAAGAAGUGAUGCAGCUUUUGAGGAAGCCAAAAGAAAGGAGAAGGCUAUUCUAGAGGAUAAAAAACGUCAAGAAAAGCUUAAAGCAGAAGCCGAGGCAAAAGCCAAAGCCGAGGAGGCAAUGAAAGCUGCCAUAGAAGCUGAGAGGAGAGCAGCGAAAGAAGCUGCUGAAACGGAAGCUGCUGAAAACUUAAAAAAAGUUGAUACUGUACAAGUGCAAGAAACUAUGGUUGGGUCGCUAGCUACCAAACCAGUAAACUCAGUUGGCCAGCCUAAAGGGACUGCUCCGGAUGAAACAUUUGUGUCGAAAUCACCAGAUAGCAUGGUUCGAGCCUCGAAAAGUGCUUUGGCUUUAGAGCCGGAGAGACUACAAAAACUCAAGGAGGUAGAGGAGGGAAACCAAGCAUUGAGAUUGAGUUCAAAUAAGGAUUUUAGCACCUAUGAAAGGCAUAUUGCUAGGCUAAUCAAACAAAUAGGGGGGACGAAAGAGAAUGUUAGAACAAAAACUAGUGAAAUUCUCAAGAUUUUCAUGGCUCCUCUUUGUCCACAAACGAUUAGCAUUGCAGCAUUUGCAAAAAAGAUCGUUUCUCAAUGUGAAAGUCCACAUGAUGCAUUUGCACUCAGUCAUGUUAUUGUUCUUGUUACCUCACAGGCCCCAAGUGCUCUGGUUCUUGUUCUUGCAGAGUUGCAUAGAGCUUGCAUCUACACAGUUCCGAAGCACAUACAAUAUUCAGCGGCUGCAUAUGAAUCCAAAGAGUCAUAUUACAAAACUAUUGGAUUUCGAGAGGUUGAUGGGAAAAUGGAGAGUGUUGAGGAUUAUUUGACGAGACUAGAAGCAUACGUGAAACUAUAUGCGGCAUUGAUUCAGACGGAAAUUCCUGGUGUUCGCAAUUUACAUGGUCUCGAGGAAGGUUGGGCAUGGCUGGCUAGAUUUCUAAAUGCAAUUCCCCCCAAUUUAUUUACUGCAGCCUCGCUCAAUGCAUUCUUAAAAGUAGCAGGCUUUGCAAUGUAUAGAAAAUAUAAAUCCCAGUUCAUGAAGCUUUUGAACAUCAUCUCCGACAACUUCUUGAGCGCGAUACGAGGAAAAGGUAAUGCCAAUUUGAACCAUAUAAUAUUGGACAUUGAAUCCUAUUUGGAAGACCGAAAAUUCCUUGAAGAACCAGAAGGAAAAACCUUGGUGGGGGGUUCCUUGUUGUCCUCGGAUGCUUUUCCGGAGCCAGAGCACACGCAGGAAUAUUACCGCCAUUCAAGUAAUUCAUAUUAUUGAUACAUGUACAUUUUUGUUGUUAAUUUAUCAGAGGGAAUGUAACACUUCCUAUUUAGCCUUGCUUUAUCAUUUAGAACUGAAGAUGUAUCAUCAAUAACUUAGGGAUUAUUCAAUACAAAAGAAAACUAUAGCAUUAUUGAAGAGUUGUACUACAGAGAUUGUGUAUAAACUUGCAACUCUAUGCAAUGACAAUGAUGAAUUUUAUUGAAGGAAGAACUUUUGCUUUGUUAA